AUGUACGAGUCCGAYGGCUUUGUAGCUCCUGCCUCUGGCCAACAUGUCGAGUAUCGUGGCUACGACCAUGUAACCUGGUGGGUUGGCAAUGCCAAGCAGACGGCACAGUACUACAUCACUCGCAUGGGCUUUGAGCCAGUCGCAUAUCGAGGCCUCGAAACAGGAUCGAGAUUUAUCGCCAGCCACGUCGUGCAAAACAACGGAGUCCGCUUCGUCUUCACAUCACCUGUCCGAUCAUCAAGCCGACAAACACUAAAGGAGGCGCCUGCAAGCGAACAAAAGCUUCUCGACGAAAUUUACGAUCACCUCGACAAACAUGGCGAUGGCGUCAAAGAUGUAGCCUUUGAAGUCGAUGAUGUGCGUGCGGUGUACCAGAAUGCAAUCAUAAAUGGCGCCGAAUCAGUAAGCGCACCGCGCACCGAUUCGUCCGACGAAGGCGAGGUUCUCCUGGCCUCAAUAAGGACUUAUGGCGACACCACCCACACCUUCAUCCAGCGCAUGUCAUACACCGGUCCCUUCCUCCCCGGCUUCCGCGCAGUAACAUCCGCCGACCCAGCCAACAAGUACCUCCCGUCCAUUCACCUCGAAGCCAUCGACCACUGCGUUGGCAACCAAGACUGGGAUGAGAUGAAUGAUGCAUGUGAUUUCUACGAACGCUGUCUUGGCUUCCAUCGUUUCUGGAGUGUAGACGACAAGGACAUCUGCACAGACUUUUCCGCGCUCAAGUCCAUCGUCAUGAGCUCACCCAACAAAAUUGUCAAGAUGCCCAUCAACGAGCCUGCUCUUGGUAAGAAGAAAUCUCAGAUCGAGGAGUACGUCGAUUUCUACAACGGUCCCGGCAUUCAACACAUUGCACUGCGGACCGAGAACAUCAUCGGAGCGGUGUCGAAUCUGAGGGCGAGAGGAGUCGAGUUCAUCAGUGUGCCGGAGACAUACUACGAGAACAUGAGGCUGCGAUUGAAGCAGGCUGGUAUGCAACUCAACGAGUCCUUUGAGACGAUUCAGAAGUUGAACAUUCUGAUCGAUUUUGAUGAGGGUGGGUAUCUGCUGCAACUGUUCACGAAGCCUUUGAUGGAUCGACCGACGGUGUUUAUCGAGAUUAUUCAGAGAAACAACUUUGACGGGUUCGGAGCUGGAAACUUCAAGAGCCUGUUCGAGGCAAUUGAGAGGGAGCAGGAUGCGAGAGGAAACCUUUGA